UAUGGCUGCCUCCAGCCCUGUGGGCAGGCAGAGCCAGGGGCGAGCUUGGCCGUGCCCCGCAGGCGUGGGGGUGGAGAGGCCUGGCCUGGGCCCAGCUGGCGGCCGAGCCGAUGGCGAACGGGAGCUGGACGAGGAGAGCCUGCAGGAGCUCUACAGCUGGGUGGAUGCCAUCCCCCUGUCCCGACCCAAGAACAUCACCCGGGACUUCAGCGAUGGAGUUCUAGUGGCAGAAGUGGUGAAAUUUUACUUUCCCAAAAUGGUGGAAAUGCACAAUUAUGUCCCAGCUAAUUCAACGCAACAGAAACUCUCCAACUGGGGCCAUCUCAACAGGAAGGUGCUGAACAAGCUGAAUUUCUCCAUCCCGGAAGACAUGAUCCGGAAGAUCGUACAGUGCACGCCCGGCAUGGUGGAGCUAGUUCUGCUCCCACUGCGGCAGAAAAUCGAGGAUAGGCAGAAGCAGAGCAAGGUGGCAUCUAGCACAUAUCAGGAGCUGGGCACACGCUAUGCACUCAAUGAGAACAGCCAUAUGGAAACAGGCUACUUGUCAAAGCCAAAGCCCAAUGCAGCAGGGAUCUACGUGCAUCAGUCCCCACGAGCUGAAAGGAUGAACAAGGGCCAGCAAGGCUAUGCCCAGGCUCUGCAGGGAGACACCAGCUUUCGCAUUCAGUUAACGGAGAGGGAGCAGGCUCUGCUGGCUUGUCAAGAAACGGUCCAGAUCCUGCAGAUGAAGGUGCGGCGGCUGGAACACCUGCUCCACCUGAAGAACGUUCGGAUUGACGACCUCACGAGGCGCCUCCAGCAAGUGGAGCAGAAACAGAAAUGAGGCAGGGCUUGGUUUCCCUCCCGUGCCCUUCCCUGCGACUCUCACACCUGCAAACUUCUUACCGGCACAUUUGUAAGAGCCGGCGUUCCUGUGCCUCUCCCACUGCUAAUCGCUCCUCCUGGGCUCGGAGAGACCAAGCCAUCACAGGCAGGACCGGUAGAGGUCUGAAUUUGAAUAAUGACACAGGGCUCCCAGUUACUUACAAUCCAAGGACAAGACUGAGGAGAAAAAAUAAGGCCUAGAGUCCAAGAGUGAAAAGUGCACAAGCACAGGUGGCAAAUACACAUCUAGAAGCUCACUUGCAAUUGUGCAUGAGGGUGUUGUAAUUGUCUAAGUGCACCGGUGAUUGUGCAUGCAUUUGAUAGUCACGUACAUGCAGCUGCAAUCAAUCGGCUUUGCAUUCAUUGCAGUUUUGGACAUGGACCUGCAGUUGUGCAUGCACUUAUACAAUUGCAAGAAAUGCUAGUGCAAAUGUGCACUCACAAAUGUGCUUGAAGGGGAUCGGGCUGAGGCAGUAUUUCGAGUGCUAGGUUUUCUAUCUCUAACCAAAUCCAGCAACUUUCACUCUGAAUAUAAACUCCUUUGCUUUCUAGGCUUUAGUACCAGGCCACCCCUUUGCUUGUUAGUUCUUUUAAAGAGCCCCAAACAAACCCCUCUUGUUCCAUCUGGUGACUCUUGGGUGACAGCUGAUUGGAGAUGCAUGGGGAAGGAAUGGAUCAUUCACAAGGAUGCUUUUCUACAGGAGCAAUCCUGGAGCCCUCACUCAGGGACAACUCCCACUGAAGGGUAAGGAUCUGUCUAAGCAGCAAAAGCUGUGCACAGGGCAGCCUACCUGAGCCAGCUUGAAUGCAGCUAGCGCAGGUAACAUAGCCAUGAAGCCAACACAGCACAGGGUACUGAGCAGAAUGCAUGGCCAGGCUCUGUGCCAGGCAGCACUACCCAGGCUGACGUCCCUCCUGCUCUGUCAGGCCCAGCUGGUGCUGUGUAGACACACCCUGAGGAAGGCCCUGUGGAGAUCGGUCGCCUCCACCCAUUGAUCAGGUUUACUCUGGGCUUCAUUUGGAUACAAGCAUGAAAAGGCCCUCAGCUCCUGGCUCUCUGCUCUUUACAGUUUGUUGGGGUUCUGCGGCCCUUGGGUGGGUUUCAAAGGCUGCCUGAUUAGAAAGGAGCCAUUUCUGCGGUGGUCCAAGGGCUGAUAAUCGCAACAGGAGGAGGGCUGACCAAUCACAGCCACAGAGAGGCCCCUGUGGGGAGAUGCUGCGCUGCUCAGACAUGAAAGCUCCAAACUCUGGGCCAGCCCCACACCUGCUGUAAACGGGAGUAGCUGUACUGAGGUCGAUGGGCCAGGUCCCGGCUGCUGUAAAUGGGAGUAGCUGUACUGAAGUCAGUGAAGCGAUGCUGACUUGCAUCAGUGGAGAAUCUGGCCUAUAAAUGCUCUUCUAGCUAGGGAUGGGACUGAGCUGCCGAAGCUGGCCCUGCAUUCUGAACAUGUGGGAGCUGGAGGGUGUUGGAUAAAGAGCUGCUUUGGCCCAAAGGGAGCCAACGUUUGGGUUCAGACUGACACCUCCUGAAAUUCUGAGGUAUGUGGGUCAGAGGCUGGGGUUCAGGCCUCGCUUCACUAUCUUCUCUACAGUCAGUGACCUCGCUGCACUAUCGCUUGGCAUGACACAUUUGCCUUCAGCUUCCUUUGGUCCUGGAGAACUGCUGAAUUCCCA